GCGUACAGCCUUCCAGCCCCUGUGCCGCUCCGAUUGUCUCCUCGGCCUCUAUGGCUUCCUCCCCAUUGGAGAGAAGUACUGUCAGUCACAGGCGAGCGUCCCUCUGGCUGCCAUGACAACCAGAAUGCGGGACUGUGCUGCCUGCUGCGGGGAUAUGCCGGGGCGGGUCUCCACCAGGGGCCUCACCCGCUCCGUGGCUCAUAGACUAAAAUAUUACAUUGAUGUACAAAGAAAAGAAGAUAGUUUUGAUUUAUCAGGAGCUAGCAGGAAUGAGGCUGAAAGUUCCAGUUUCUAUAUGCAUCCUGGAAGUAUUGCUGAACAAAAAUAUGAUCAGUGUCUCAAGCAUAAUUUUACAGAUUGUAAAUUUGAAGCAUCUCUUCGAAUGUAUACAGGAAAUUCUGAAGAAUGUGAAAGAAAAUUACAGAGCAGCCCAGAAAGACAACAAGAAAUGAAGAUCAUCAAAAAGAAAAUGGCACAAGAUGUUGUAACUGACAGACCUUUCCCGGUCUUAGUAAGGAGUACAAAAAGAACAAAGAAGUUGCACAGCUUCCCUUCCAGACUAUCUCAAUUUCCUCCUCCCCCAUACACAUCACAAGAAGAAGUCAUGAGGCUCAUUUCAUCAGCUUCAAAGCUAAUUGUUGCGGCGACUUGUGAAAUCUCUUCGGAGGAAAUAAAGAAGCCAGACUGUGCCUCACCCCAGAAGAGGAAAGAAGCUAAAAAUAGUCAAAGAUUGGACCAUUACUACAAGCAGCGUGCACCUCCUCUUGUGAUCUCUCGAGAUCCCCAUGAAUAUGAAGCUAAGAGCAUUGAUGUAUUCUGUUUUAAAAGUACACGGGAAAUGAACAAAUUAGAAGAAUCAAAUGCUGACUUUAUCCAAGAAAAUUCAAGGAAUGAUUAUGGGAAAAAUACGAAGAAAGGCAAGAAAGAAAAAAACAUUAUAAAUGUAAAUGGACAGUUCAGAGUUGAGAGAUCAUCUAACGUUUCCAGUAACUCGUCUAAACAUAGGAGUGUACUUUCUAAAACUUCAACAAGAGCAACUGAUUUAAAUUCAUUGUACUUAAGUACCAUAUCUCCAUAUGCACAAGGAACUGGCAGAAGUAAAGGUCCUAAAAAAAAUGUGCUUAAUGAAGGGGAGUCCUCUGCCUUGCGCAGCUCUUCAGUGAUGUCUGAAUGCCAAGAUACAGAGCCAAGUACUGGCCGUAUAUCAGGCUUGACAAGUUUUGCUCAUUCUCAGAAAAAUGAAUGCCUCUCUGGGUGGCUCUGUAAGACAUCUGAAUUCAAAAGGCAAAAGUCACCCCAAAUGCCUAGUAGAAAGCAUUCAGGCAUCAGAGUUAGUAAGUCUAGCAAGCUUUCACAGAGAAGGCCAAUGGAGAACUCCAGGAAUAUGCCACUACAUCAAAAAGAAAGAAAAAAUAGUGAAGGAAACAGGGAAUUAAAUGAGAAAAUAAUUCAUACUAUUUCCACAAAUGCACAAGCCCCAAUCAUAAAUGAAAACACGGGAGAACAAACAGCUUCUGUUGUGGCUCUUAAAUGUGGCAUUCACCACAGCCAAAAUAUCACAUGUAACAGCCUUCAUCAGAGACCUCAAAGUAACCAGCACCAAAAAAAGAAGAAAGAUUUGUGUGAAUUAGCUACAGGAAAAAACACCAAAUCCCAUAAGGUCCGUUUCCAAGGUCCAUUGCAGUUUUCCAGAAAUACUGAACAGAAAUGUAACUGUGUAAACUUGAAUAGUUGUAACAUAACAAAUUACUAUGGAAUUCAAACCAUUGCUUCAGAAAGUAAAUCUUUAGGGACUGUGACACAUCUUCCAGAGAAGGAAAAUGAAGAACACCUUUCUAGGGUCACACUUGGAGCACCUUCCUUUCUACAUCAAGUUUUCCUGGCAAUGGAGCAAGAUGCAUCACCUACUUCAACUGCAUCUGAGCCUAAAGAUCUGGACAGCAGUUUAGAAAACAAAAGUAUACAACAAUUAUGUAACCAGCAUUUCAUCCUUAAUGAAUCCACAGGAGACACGAAGGUUCAGGAUACUAUCAGCAAUGUACAUACAAGUAACAUUAUUUUAACAGACCCAUGUGAUUGGCAAAUGGCACAUAUCCCACAGAAGGCUCAGUGUUGUUGCACCUGUUCAGAAGAACAACGCAACUUUAUAUCUGAAACAUCUGAUGAAGAACAAGACAGUUUCUCAGAUUCAUCUGUGACAGUAACAAGUAUUUUAGGUGCAUUAGAAAACCAACAGUCAGAAGAGGAGUUCACUAUAUCAUCUGUAUCUGAUAGCCUGAGUCUUGGAUCAUUAUAUGAUGUGCAUGAACAAAUGGAAGAAAACAUUUGUGUUGACCGAAAAGAGGAGGAAAACUCUGACUCCAGCAUAGGCCACCUUGAUGAAAGAGUUCUAGAGGAAAUGCAGAAGAUUAGCACCUCGGAGAGGCUCUCUCAGACAAACUCUUUCCAUUUCAGGUAUUAAUAUUUAUUCUACCUGAAAAGAACCAGAAUAGGCUUUUAGUUUCCAUUUCAGGGAUCCACAUCUUUGAGUUGGUAUUAAAUAUUGGGGACCUGAUGAUGCCUUCCUUUUUAUAGCACUGCAGUAGUCUCACCUGAUGGUAAAAUCAUGGAUAACAAUGGGAUGGUUCAAAUUCAUAAGAGAGAAUGUAAGAUCCCUCUUAAGUGCAAGAUAAGAAUGAGUAUUACUUAUUCCGCCCCAAGGCACUUACAAUCUAAAUUGCUAUCUGGACAUACAGAAACCCCUCAGGAUACAACAAAUUCCCCAACCAAACCAAGACAUGCCAUUAAUCAAAGAUACUGAUAUAAUUUCUGCCAUUUCCUCAGUUUGCUUCUCCCUCCGUAUAGGCACUAUCUCGGUCUUGUCUGGGCUGAAUCUCAGGCCUGGUCUACACUGGGAUGGGGGAGGAGGAGGAAGAAUCAAUCUAAGUUACGCAAUUUCAGCUAUGUGAAUAACAUAGCUGAAGUUGACGUAUUUAGAUCUACUUACCGCGGUG